GUUUAUUUCUCUGAACUUAUAAUUGACGUCAAGCAACUGUCAUACAAUUUCAAUAUCUUCGAUCUUCUUUCAAAAUAAUCAGUCGCUAGAAAUUAACAGUGCUUUGUUUUUGCGUUGCCAUGUGAUAUAAUUAUGGCGUUAAGUAGGGUCAUAUUCAGCCCUUUGUGGUCAUCUGCAAGUGGACAUCUGACGGCCAAUAUAAAAAAUACCUUCAUGGCUUUUAGUAAGAGGUCUUUCUCAAGAUUGGAACUCACGAAGAAUUUGGCACUUAUCAGCAGAGAUCAAAUCAACAGUAAAGUGACGAAUUUGAAACUUCAUGAUCAAACAGGAAGGCCCUGUGUUUUGCUUCUAUCAUGGCUGAUGGCAAAGAGAAAACAUAUGAUGAAGUUCGUCGAUUAUUACCUGAAUAAAGAUUGCGACGUUUUGUGCAUAAAUGUGACACCAUGGCAGCUGUUAUGGCCUACAAAAGGAACACAGAUAGUAGCCGCUGAUAUUCUCAGGUUCCUUGAUAGCAAUUAUGUGAAUGGCCAAUGUUUACUGCAUGGCUUUUCAGUUGGUGCUUACCUCUGGGCUGAAGUUAUGGUGCAAAUGGCAGCUCAGCAAGACAGAUAUAAACCUGUUAUUGACAAAUUUGUAGGACAAGUUUGGGACAGUGCUGCAGACGUUACUGAAAUAUCAGUAGGUCUACCAGUUGCUGUGUUCCCAAAGAACUACGUCAUGCAGAAGGCUCUUUCACAAUAUAUACAGUAUCAUAUGAGAACGUUCAAUAAAGUUGCUACGAGACAUUAUAUCAGAGCCAGUCAGAUGUUCCACACUAACUUGAUUAAAUGUCCUGCUCAAAUUUUUAUCAGUAAGACCGAUCCUAUUGGAGCUGAAGCUUCGAAUAUGAGAGUGAAAGAAAGUUGGGAGAAUAUGGGAGUUAAGGUAUAUUUCAAAUGCUGGGAAAAAUCACCUCAUGUAGGACAUUACCAAAAGCAUCGAGAAGAGUAUCUCGGACAUCUAGAUAAAUUUCUAGAAGACAUCAAAUUUGGAGUCUCUGCUAGUGAGAGAUUAAAAGCUAAACUUUGAAUCAUGUAAUCAUCAAUUCACCCAUAUUAUCAUUUUUCAUUCGAUUGUUUUAGAAAUCUGCAUAGUUCAAUUUUAUUCUUUCAGUUUUCUGAAAUAUUUUAUUAAUAUUUAGCAUUAAGUUCAAUACUUUACCAUCAUCUAGUCAUGGUAAUGCGAUUUCUUAAAAUAAUAAUCGAAAUACACUGGUAUUGAUUUUUCCUCAUUGGUUAUGUGAUAACACACAUGGCUUAUUUCACCCUAGUAUCACUUUAAUUUGGUUUGUUUUUGGGGGAGAUGAUGCAGUUGUUGUGAUUAAGAAUAAGGCACUUGUACAAGCUUCUAAAUAAAUUUACUCAUUACAGGGUAAUUCUGCCUGAUGUUUACACAACGUGACAUUUGACAUCUGAUGUAUCUGACUUGACAUUUCUGAGGUAACGUUUCAUAUAGAGUAAUGGUUUUGUGGAUCAAAGUUCCAAAAAAAAUAUCUGAUUAAGUCUAGAAAUACGAUUUUCAAUUUAAUCAAUCGAAUAUAUCUCAGUAUUCUCUACGAAAUAUCAACUCAGAAAAAUAAAUCUUCAUGUUGAAAAAUUGAAAUAGCAUGUAUGAUUGAAUCAGCUGCUGACUUAUAAUUGUGGUGAAAUAAGUCUGUACAAUUUUUUUUACUUAUAAUACAAACAAGAAGAGCGAAAUGUGGUUAGCUUUAUUGAGCUCUCUAUUUUCUGCACGAUGGAAAUAAAUAAGUUUAAUAUUUUAAUAAUAUGAAUCGGGUUUGUUGCAAAUCUUGCUGUGAGAAUAAUUCUGCUAAUUAGAUAAAUAGGUGUAAAAGUUCCAUCUGAAGAUUAUUUUUUAUUAUGAAUAUGUCACAGUGAUUUUCAGUACAAUUAAUAGAUUCACAAGCCUGAAUUUGCAUCUAUUAUACCAUGUAUAUGUAGAAUUUCUACCAAGUUUGGAAGAACAAUUAUAAAGAAUGUUUCAUACUGA